AUGAGGAAUAAGAACUUCAUGAAAGUCUGCCAACUUCUUCAGCAGGAUGUGGCUCCAGUUCUCCAGCAGAAACAUCCCGUCUCUAGAAGCUUUUUCUAUAGCUUUCUAAUAAGACAUGCACUUUAUCUUCCUCUUUCCUUUCACAGUGUUUUAGAAAACAGUCAGCAGAAGAGGUCCGUAACUAAUCAGAAUGACAGUAUAAGAAAUCUCGAACAGACGAUGGAGGCAACUUCACCUGAGAUCCUGAACUCUUCUUCAUACAAGGAAGUCUUCUGGAGUUACCAAACUGAGCUAACCAGAAACUUCUCUUUGGAAACCCCAAAUGCUACUGUCUGUCUCAUAAAUGAAGGCGCCUUGUCUCUUGUUUUCAUCAUUUUUUACUCCAUUAUUUUUGUUAUUGGAUUGGUUGGCAAUAUUAUAGCCUUGUUUGCUUUUUUCUACAUUAAUCACAAAAGAAAUUCUAUCCAGAUUUACCUGCUUAACGUAGCCAUUGCAGACCUUCUACUGAUCUUCUGCCUCCCCUUCCGUAUACUGUAUCAUAUUAACAGAAACACAUGGAUGCUGGGAUUGAUUUUCUGCAAGAUUGUAGGAACCCUAUUUUAUAUGAACAUGUACAUUAGCAUCAUACUGCUGGGAUUAAUUAGCGUGGAUCGUUAUGUAAAAAUUAACAAGUCUAUACGACGUCCAAAAAUGUUAACAGCUACACGAAGCAGAUAUAUCUGUUGCAUAUUGUGGGCAAUUGCAGUAAUAGGAUUCAUAAUGACAGUUGCUAACUCUGUUAAGAGGGAAGAAUACAAUUCGACUAUGUGCUUCCAUUACAGAGAUAAACAGAAUGCAAAAAUGGAGGCAAUUUUAAACUAUAUUCUUGCUACAGUCUUUUGGAUAGUUUUCUUUCUACUAAUACUUUCGUAUAUUAAAAUUGCGGAGAACCUUCUGAAAAUUUCCAAGAAAAGAGCAGAUUUUCCCAAUGCUGGAAAGUACAGCACCACAGCAAGGAAUUCCUUCAUUGUACUUAUUAUUUUCACCCUGUGCUUUGUACCAUUUCACAUAUUCCGAUUUGUCUACAUUACAUCACAAUUACAACACAUAUCUUGUAACUGGAAGGAGAUAAUUCACAAAUGCAAUGAGAUAAUGCUUUUAUUUUCAGCUUUCAACAGCUGUUUAGAUCCAGUUAUGUAUUUCCUAAUGUCCAGCAGUGUUCGUAAGACUGUAUUCCGACUUAUUUGUAGAACACUUCAUGGGGACUCAAGUGUGAGUGACAGUAUUUCAGAAAUGAAACUUGGGCAAUCUCAUCAUGAUACUGCAACUACCAUUACCCCCCAUUCAAGCUUUUUAAAGAAAAAUUCCCUCAUCUGAUUGCCUAAAUAUAAUGGACAACCACUCCCCAAAAGACAAGCAGAUAAUCUACUAGAUAAUCUAGAUAAUUGAAACUGGAUGUAUGUAUACACAGGAAUGUACAACAAUACAGAGUUGGUAAUACUGCCUCAAGAAAAGUCUUUCCGCCCUCCUUUCCUUCCUUUUUUACAAGUAUGGGAGGUCAUACUUCAACUGCUUAAACAAAUUAAAAAUGAUUUUUGGUGAGAAAGAGCUUAACUUUUUUUUAUUACAAAUCAAUAUGAAGUUUGAAACCUUCAAUUAAAGAUUCAUUUAAGACAGGAUUAAUCUAGACCACUUUCUUUCAGGGGCAAAUUUUCAAAAUGUGAUCUUGAUGUGUGCGCAAGAAGCUUUACACACAAAUACUUGGUAUACAUUUAUUAGAACUACUAGCUAUGCACAUAUGAUGAAAUGAAUUUUGCACAAGUAAACCUUUAUCUGUAUCUAAUUCAAACCAACUAUGAAACUGAUGUAUUACAGAUUUUAUAAAUCCAUCUUUGAAAAAAAUAUAUUUUAGCAGGCUUCAAAAAUAAAUCAGCAUCUUAACUGCAUUUAUUAAACUAACCCUUUCAGCAAAAUUUAUCAUAAUCUAUUAUGAAUGUGACUUACACAGAAGGUAAAAACCAAGACAAUUAUUAGUUUAUUUACUGGAAAAAAUGUGCUUUUUAUUUUGUUUAUUAAGCAAAAUUUGAAUAUUCAAUUACUGAUUUUGAAAUCCUCUAACAAGCCUUCCAGAACCUUCAUUAUGUUAAACACCAAUCUUAACUCGGGGAGGGGGGGGGAGAAGUGAAAAUACAGGAAAGUAGGCAAUUCACAUUUUGAGGCGACAGCGGCAGGGGAUGAGGGGGAUUAUCCAAGAUUUGUUUCAAAAUCCUCUUGACAAAUCUAACAAUUUCAAAACGCACAUGUAUGCUAAAAUCUCAACAAGGAUAAGAAAUUCAUAAAGAAAGAAAGUUACAAAAACUGUAAACACAAAAUUAAGCUAUUGUGGAUGUAGGAGGAUUUGAAAUGAGCAGUGUUUUGUCAGUUCUGGUCUCUGUUCAAUACCAAUCACCUACAUUUUGAGGUUAAUAUCUACUUGUAUAUUUCCAAAAACAUUUAUUUAAAAUAUAAUACACCUAUGGCAGAGACCAUGUCUUUUUACAUGACUAAAGUAUCACAAUCAAUGAUGUCAUGCAAACAAUAAUAAAAUAUUAAAUGUGGAUGGCAUAGCCCAAUUCAAAAUUAAAACCAAGCAGAUUUAUGCAGUUAAUGCGUGCAGGCUGAGUAAAAUUUUUAACAAUGUUUAACCAGCCUUGAUGACUAGGGAGUGGGUGAGGGAGGGAGCUAGACUAAGAGUGAAGGAACUGGACUAAGAAUGGAACUUGAAUCUCUAAUGUGAUAGGCCACAAUGCUGGCCAGGCCUGAAUUUUGUUUUAAACUCUAAAAUAAAAGGGUCCAAUCCUGUAAAAUUUGAGUAACUUUAUUCAAGUGAGUAGUUGAUGAAAACACUCAUGUGACUGCUCCCUAUGUCUUUGAAAGACUGGGUCCUAAGGCAUCAUGUUGCGUGUCUAAACUUGCAUGUUUUCAAUACUGGGGAAAAUCCUGGUUCCAGUCAAUGGCAAAACUUCUAUGGACCUCAAUGGAACCAAGAUUUCACACACUGUUUCUUUUACAUUUUGGACAUCAUUUUAGUGUAGUUUUUCUGUGAAUCUAUUAUUGUUCAGGUUUGGUGCUGCUGGAUAUAAAUGUGUUCACUAAACCAAUUACUGGUAACCGUAUAUUAUAUUUCAAAACUGUGGGUAUCUUUUGUAUCUUCUUUAGAAAUAAUGUGAUUCUUAUAAUUUUAUUUUAAGUUUUACUUACAGUCUCAACAUUUGAAUUUUUCUUCAAUAUGUGCAUACAAAGAAUAUUGAAGAUUGAUUUUUAGCGUAGUUCCUGAGUGAUUCUUACUGUAAUUUCUAAUCUGCUUUUCAGAAAUAAUGUCAAAGCUGGCAGACAAUCACAGCUCACAGUUAUGUCUUUGUCCAUAAACCAGCAGGUCAUAUGGUCUCCUUGCUCUGUUUCCACACUCUUGCCUAUAAGCCCACAAGAAACUGCAUCCUUCUCUCUAGAGCACUCACAAAUCAAACUGCUUAUACAUUUCUAUUUCUUUACUGACCAGAACUAGCUAACAGAUACUACAAAUGAAAUGAAAAGCAAAAAUAAAAUGUUCAGUUAAGUACAGGUUGCAAGUAGGUUGAAUAUCCCUACUCACCAAGCAUGCAGGGUAUUGAACAAGGAAACAAGAAAAGACAUUCAAUUUCUUUUUUUUUUUUUUAAAGAAUACAUUAAUUUACAUCCAGAAACCUCAUUCGAAGGUUACCAUCUGUAGAAACAGUGUUAUCAUAAUGGUACGUUCUGGGAUAUCUUCAGUGAACCAAACAGUACUAUGAGAAUUCACAGUUUCAAAUUUGUUUUGAAUGUCACCUUUGGGGAAAGCCAAAAUAGAGUGGAAAAGUGCUCUUGAUUAUAGAAAAACCUGCUUUACAUUUGUUUUUGUAAAGCCAUCAUCAUUAAUUUUGUUAUUGUAAUAUUGUUUUGUAAAAAAGCAAGUAAUCACUCUGCAAUCAGGACAACAUGAAAAAUAUUAUUCAGUUUUGAAGCUAUCAGAGCAAGAUUUGAGCCUAUCAGAUGUAAUGGUGGGCUUUUUUGUUUUAAUAAUAUGUGUGUGAUUUACUUGUGAAAGAUACUGCUCCGGAGACUGACAUUGAGUAUAUAUAGGACAGGUACAGGACAGCUGAAAUUAAACUUUUCCAUAGUGUUCUACCAAAUUUUAACGCUAACCUGGAGUUAUCACCUUUGUGAGGCGGAGGUGAUUCAAUCUUAAUAUAACCACCAUGUUAAGAUUGCCAAAAGUUCUAAUAAGUGCUAUUUUAUUUGUGAUGUACAAAUUUGUGUACUGGGAUCUGAUCUGAGACCAUGAAUAUAUUUCAAUCAGACCAUUAAAUAUAGAAUUAUGUGAAAAGCUGAUUUUUGGUUCACUGGAAGUUCCAAAAAUUAUGAAAAAAAUUGUUUUAGAUUCACCCAAAAUCAUUUAAAUUUUUUUUUCAGUGAACCAAAAGUCUAAAAAGAAAUUUUGGGGGGUGGGGGGGGGGUUGAAUGCAAUUUUUGUUCAACUCCAAACUAAGUGUUUUGUUUCUGAACUUUUAAAAAUGUUUUUCUAUUUUAAUUUUUAAAACAAAUAAAUUUCAAAAAGUU